AUGUCACCCGACUUAAAUUCUCUCCCUUCGUCACCAAACCUGACGAAGGAACAGACUCCUUUCAAUGGGCAGGGCAAUGGUACUAACGCCGCCUUGGGCAAUGGCAAGAAGCAGCCCAACAUCCUGUACAUCAUGGCCGACCAGAUGUCAGCGCCCCAGCUGAAGAUGUACAACCCGGACUCCCAGAUCAAGACGCCCCACCUUGAUGGCCUUGCGGCAAGAUCCGUCCAGUUCGACUCGGCCUACUGCCCAUCGCCACUCUGCGCGCCCUCGCGCAUGAGCAUGAUCUCGGGCCAGCUUCCCAUGAAGAUUGGGGCUUACGACAACGCAUCCCAGAUCGGCAGCGACGUCCUCACAUAUGCCCACUACCUGCGACUGCGGGGCUACCACACGGUGCUGGCCGGUAAGAUGCACUUCGUCGGCGACCAACUGCACGGCUACGAGACCCGCCUCACAAGCGACAUCUACCCAGGCGACUUUGGCUGGUCCGUGGACUGGGACAAUCCAGAGACCAGGCUCGAGUGGUACCACAACGCCAGCUCCAUCAAGCAGGCAGGAGUGUGCGUCCGCAGCAACCAGCUUGACUAUGACGAGGAGGUCAUGUACAAGUCCACCCAGUUCCUCUACGACCAGGUCCGGAAAUCCGAUGAUCGACCUUUCAGUUUGACGGUUUCUCUCACCCACCCUCAUGACCCUUACACCAUUGAGAAGAAGUAUUGGGAACGCUACGAGGGAGUCGAUAUCGACCUGCCGAAGGUCAGGAUCCCCAAGGAGGAACUCGACCCCCACAGCCAGAGGUUGCUGAGAGUGUGCGACCUGUGGGAUGAGAGCUUCUCGGAUGAGCAGAUCAAGAAGGCCAAGAGGGCAUACUACGGCUCUUGCAGCUAUGUCGACGAUUGCAUUGGUAAGCUCUUGCAGACGCUGGAGGACUGCGAUCUGGCCGACGACACGAUCAUCGUCUUCUCGGGUGAUCACGGCGACAUGCUCGGUGAGCGUGGUCUGUGGUACAAGAUGAGCUAUUUCGAGGGCUCUGUACGGGUCCCCAUGCUGGUCUCAUACCCCAAGUGGUUCACCCCCCACCGCGUCUCUCAGAACGUCUCCACUCUGGACAUCCUGCCUACCAUGUGCGACCUGGUAGGUACCAAGCCGGAGCCGGGUUUCCCAAUGGAUGGAAUUUCCAUGAUGCCACACCUGCUGGGCCAGGAGGGCCACGAUACCGUCUUUGCAGAGUACACCGGCGAGGGAACUGUGUCCCCGCUCAUGAUGAUCCGGCGCGGCCCAUGGAAGUACAUCAUCUGCCCAGCAGACGGCGAGCAGCUGUUCAACCUGAAGGACGACCCGUACGAGGUGCACGACUUGGUCAAGAGCCUCGCAAAGAAAGGAUCCAGCCUGAGCGCCGAGGACCUCAAGGUCAAGGAGGUGUUCGAGGCAUUUGGAGCGGAGGCGAGGGCGAAGUGGGACUUUGAGAAGAUCACCAACGAGGUCCUCCUGAGCCAGAGGCAGAGGAAGUUUGUCUGGAAGGCACUCAAGCUCGGUCACUUCACGAGCUGGGACCACAACCCCAACGACGACGGGCGGAACAAGUAUAUCCGCUCUCACAUGGACCUCGAUGACUUGGAGAGGAUGGCACGCUUCCCUCCUGUUGAUCCGAAUGGAAUUCCGACCAAGAAGCUGCUGUCCCACCAAGCUGGGGCUGCCGGCGAGUAG